AAAUACUAAACAAGACAUACAUUCCUUGCAAUGAUGAUUGGGUCUUUAAUGUGGAUGAUGAUGAUUGCCCGAUUAUCCAUCAUCGGUUGUUGUUGACAAUUGACUAUCGGUUGUCAGAUUCCAUAUUUAAAAGAGAUGGUCGUGUAAAUGAACUUUAUUUAAUUUGCUUUAAAUCAUCAGUCUUGUCGUUGUCAUCAUCAAAUCAUUUUGAUCAACAAAAAACAAAUUGACGGCCAAUUUGUUAAUAAAAUACAGUGUUCAUCAAUUUGCUCACAAUGUCUAGUGUAUUGAUCAUUAUCAUCAUUCCUGAUCAACAAUGUGAAAUUGAAGUGGCCGAAAAAGAAAAAUUAGCACGAAAGUAUUCAAGAAAAAAGCUUAAAAAAGGUCUUUCAAUAACCAUCGAAAAUGAUGAAGAAGAUGAAAAUGAUACCAAUUCACUUGAAAACGUUGUAAAAGUUGGUCUCUCUUAUCUGGAGAUUCCCGAUGCUACAUGGCAAAAAUCAUUCAAUGGAAAAUAUUGGCACAUAUCAUUUCCAGUGGAUCUUGAAGAUAGUGACAUUGUUAUUCAGUAUUUUAAAUCACGUGGCAUCGGAUUACAUUUAAAUUCAUCAAUCGGUAUUAUUCCGUUUACAUUAUUCUGUUUCAAUGAAGAAUCGGCUAAAUUGGAAGAGGAACCUGAAAUUGAAUUGGAUGACAAAACUCGUGAAUUAAAUAAUUUCAAAGAGAAUAAAAAUAAAUUCCUUAAAUCGGUUACCGCUCGAUUGACAGUGGCUCAGAUUGUCAGCAGUGUUCGUGAUAGUGCCACAUUGACAUUUGACUUUCUUUGCUAUCUGAUAUUUGCUUCGUGGAUCGCUGCCAUGGGUUUACUUGACAAUAGUGUUGUCAGUCUGGUUGCCAGUAUGUUGGUCUCACCGAUGAUGGGCCCAGUGAUGGCCAUGACAUUUGGAACGAUCAUCAAGGAUAGAUCGCUUCGUAAUAUGGGCAUCAAAAAUAUUUUUGUUUGUUUAAUGGGCACAAUUUCAUUUGGAUUUCUAUUCGGAAUGAUUGCAUUGAAUUUCACUCAAUCAUGGACUGAUUCAUUAGGAUCGAACAACACAUAUACUUGGCCUACGGAUAUGAUGCGUGAACGUGGUCUAGUACGGAUCACCUGGGUUGGUACGCUUGUUGUUCCUUCCGGUUGUGCUGUAGCAAUUUCACUUUUAUCCGGUAAUGAUGCAUCAUUGGUUGGUGUUGCUAUUUCGGUAUCACUUUUACCACCAGCAGUUAAUGCGGGAUUAUUAUGGGCGUUUUCAUUACUAAAAUUGCUAUAUUCUUUUGGUGAAUCUGGAAAAGUGAUGACUCAAUUUCAAUCUCAUUUCAAUCAUAGUAAUUUGAUAGAAUUACCACAAGCAUUGGUUCCAUUGGAAAAUUACACCACUGUUUACAGUGAUAAUAUGGCAUUGGAAGCGCUUUAUCUUGGAAUGCUUAGUUUAUGUCUUAGUUUGAUCAACAUUGCCAACAUUAUUAUUGGAGCAUUAUUAUUAUUGAAGAUCAAAGAGAUAGUUCCAUUAUCGAAUCUAUCGCCAGUGAGUCGACGAUUCUUUCAAGAAGACAUCAAGAUUGCUCGCGAAUAUAAUCAAAGAUCUGAAACAAAAAAUCUUAGUGAAGAUGUUUUAAGAGAAUACGCUACAAUCCAUGGUUACGAUUCGGAACAAUUUAUGAAACCAGAACAACGUGCUGCUCAAUUACAAGCAUUGAAUGAUAUUGCCGAAGAUGUUGAAGCUGAUCAAGUUUUUCAAACUGUUACACGUAGCGUUCAUAAUACUGAUAACAAUCUAGCUCGACGAUUGAGCCAAAGUUUAUUUGUAAAUCAAAACAAUGGUCGUUGGGGUCGUCGUCAAACAUCGGCAGCAAUUUUCAAUCACCAACCACCGACUAUAAUUGUUUCGGAUGCUCUAAAUCCCCGAAGACCAAGUUAUGUACAUCUUGCUAGCCACAAUAGAUUGCGUAUUUCAACGGCAUUAAAAAAUAAUUUGAAUGAAAUGAAUGAUAAUCUAAGUUCAACAAAAACUUGCCCUGGUUAUAUAAACAAAGCAUUCUCGUUCAAUGAAAACGAUAUUAAUAACUACAAUGAACGAAAAGGUAGCGAUAGUUCCGUUGUAAAACUUGAUCUAGAGACGAUCACAAGAUUCAAUGACAAAUCCACACCACCACCUUCACCGAAAAUGAAUGGAACUGGUGGUUGAAUGAAAAUUUAUUUGCAUCAAUUUUCUGUUUUUUUUUCAAAUCAUCAUUC